GAUGAUCUGGGAAUGCCCGAGACUCUUCAGGAAGAUGGCGUCGAUGGUGAGGGCGUGGUCGCCAGAGGAACGCACCGGCUUUUCCUGGGUUCUUCGUCCGAAGCUCGGCAGCUGAUGCGGCUGCAGGCGCUGCAGCUCGUAUACAGGCCAGUGAUCGUGGUAUCUCCUGGUGAGUGGGUUCCCAAGAAGGACACGUUUUCUAUACUGAAGUCACCGCUACCCAGAACUGUGCACGUGUUAACCCUGGAAAGGAUCUCGGGGUCCCAAGUGUUGCUUCGUCUCGAGCACCUUGCGGUCACCGACGAAGCUGUGGAAGUCAACAUUACGCGUCUGCUCGCAGGUCACCGGCUGGAAGACGUCAAGCCAGUCACCCUCGGUGCCAACCAGUAUCUGCCGGGCCCCACUCGUCACAGCUGGCCCACAUCGGGCGCAGAUUACGCUCAAAGGCACGUUCCCGAUCUGAACAUGCCAACGCCUCAGACAAGCACGAUGUCACAGACAGGUGACACUGUCGUGAGGCUCGCCCCAGGAGAGAUUGCUUCUUUCCUGGCGCAGCUAGUAGCCGAAUAAAGAA